UGAGGAGCCGUUUCGGGUUUCGUCUUACGGUGUCGGUCCCGCUCACUAAAGGCAGCGGCAUGUCCGACUUCGUGCGGACGCCUGGCACCGCCAUGAUAGGCCUCUCGCAGCCCCGUGACGGGCCCGCUUCCGACGACGACGAGGACGGCGGCGGAAGCUCUGGAGCUAGAUCCUCCCGCGGGGGCGCCGGCGGUGGAGGCUCCUCCUCUGGCGCCGGAGGUGAGCCUUCUUCGGGUGGUGGAUCGGCAGCGCGGAAGCCCAGGGGGCGGCCUCCGGGCUCCAAGAACAAGCCGAAGCCGCCGGUGGUCAUCACCAAGGCGAGCGAGUCGGCGAUGCACCCGGUGGUCCUGGACCUCGCUGGCGGUUCCGACAUCGUAUCUGGCGUCACCGACUUCGCCCGCCGACGCCGCGUAGGUGUCUCCGUCCUCGGCGGCAGUGGCACCGUUGCCGACGUUACUCUCCGACACUUGUCGGCACACGGCCCAUCUACCAUAUCCGUGCCCGGACGCUUCGACAUCCUCUCCCUCUCCGGCACCUUGCUCCCUCCCCAGCCGCCCGCCUCUGCCGGGGCACCCGCCCCGACGGUGGCCGCCUGGACCGCACGGCUGCCUCCCCUGACCGUCUCCUUGGCGGGCCCGCAUGGCCAAGUCAUAGGGGGAACGGUGGCGGGGCCGAUGACGGCUGUGGGGCCGGUGUUGCUUGUUGCUGCGACGUUCGCGAAGCCGGAGUUCCAUCGGCUGCCGCUGUCGGAGGAUGACGAGGAGGGGGUCAAGGAGGAGGACGUCAGUCCGGAGACGGAGGCGUUGGUAGCCCUCGGCGAGACCAGUCCGUUGCCUGGUCAGCUCUCCCACACCGACGUGGUUCUUUGGGCGCAGCCUUCCUCGACUCGUCCUCCGCCUCAUGCUCAUCCUCCUCCUCGUUACUAACUCGAACCCGACCAGAAUGCAUUCUUAAGAAGCUACUGCAAGUGGAGGGAAAUUUUGUUCUGUUACUGAUGCAUGGGUGCUAAAGAUGGUGGGUUUCGAUGCUCCAUAGCUCUAUCCCAAGCUAUGAGAUCCUUUUUUCUCUUUAUUUUUCUUGGGAACAGCUGAACUCCGGCUUCCAAUGCAUCCCCCAACGUAGUAAAAAGAUAGCAACCGUCAUUUGAUGCUUCAAUGGAAGUGGGAAUGGGUCAGACCAUGGAUCACAGUGAUCGAUCUCUUCAAACAUGUAGUUGCUAUUUACUUGGUUUCUGACAUAUUUGCUCUGCUGUUUGCCGGCACGCGCGGGAUAAAUGCAUGCAUUUAUGCUGGUCUCGGACGCUCCAACUUUGGCAAAGAACUUGGAAAAGGAAGAGACGCAUGGUGCGGGUGAGCGCGAGAGGGUUCGGAAGUUUCUGCGUCUUCCUUCAUUUUCUUUCUUGUACGUAUAACGAAGUCAGUCAAAGAAACGCAAGGAUUAGUAGGUGGUGCAGAGGCGCUGCAGGCAGGGAUUCAUGAGCACUUGGGCACGCAGGUGCACUCACUUGGUAUGGGAAUAUGGUCGCUCGCCUUUCCCUUUUGAAUGCUCGCGCUUUUGACGAAGAAAGAUGGAGAUGAUGAAAAGAAGCAUUUGGUGCGGGAAACUGCUCUCUCUCUUUCCGCUUUUCUACUACAUUGUCACAGGGGGAAACCAUCAUGUUCUCGUGCUCGGCACCCUGAUUCGCACCUGUAGGGUUCUCAAUACGCUUCUACCUAAUGAGCAAAGUUGCCUAGAAAUUAUUUGUUUA